AUGCCUAGCCACCGCAUGCCUAGCCACCGCAUGCCCAGCCAUCGCAUGCCUAGCCACCGCAUGCCUAGCCACCGCAUGCCCAGCCAUCGCAUGCCUAGCCACCGCAUGCCCAGCCAUCGCAUGCCCAGCCAUCGCAUGCCUAGCCACCGCAUGCCUAGCCAUCGCAUGCCUAGCCACCGCAUGCCUAGCCACCGCAUGCCUAGCCACCGCAUGCCCAGCCAUCGCAUGCCUAGCCACCGCAUGCCUAGCCACCGCAUGCCUAGCCACCGCAUGCCUAGCCACCGCAUGCCCAGCCAUCGCAUGCCUAGCCAUCGCAUGCCUAGCCACCGCAUGCCUAGCCACCGCAUGCCUAGCCACCGCAUGCCCAGCCAUCGCAUGCCUAGCCACCGCAUGCCUAGCCACCGCAUGCCUAGCCAUCGCAUGCCUAGCCACCGCAUGCCCAGCCACCGCAUGCCUAGCCACCGCAUGUCUAGCCACCGCAUGCCUAGCCACCGCAUGCCCAGCCACCGCAUGCCUAGCCAUCGCAUGCCUAGCCACCGCAUGCCUAGCCACCUCGAAACGUCGUGA